CGCGCGGUGUCCCUGCGGGCGUCUCGAGCAGAGAGCGGUGCGGCGGCUUGUAGCGCAGCAAGGAGGUGCGGUGCUGGAGGCGACCGUCCCAGCCAACCGCCGCCGCUGUGCCCGCGGGGCGAGCUCGCGAUGGGAGGUGCAGCCCGCGAGCGCGGGAGGAAGGACGCGGCGCUGCCGGGGGCCGGGCUCCCGCCGCAGCAGCGGAGGUUGGGGGAUGGUGUCUAUGAUACCUUCAUGAUGAUAGAUGAAACCAAGUGCCCACCCUGUUCAAACACACUCUGCAAUCCCUCUGAAGCUCCUGUCUCCAGAAGGCUGAACAUUACUGCUGAGCCGUUAACCAGAGACUCCACUCAGCACUUGGUGAGUGGCCCUGAGAUGAAGGUAGAACAGCUGUUUCAAGAAUUUGGCAACAACAGAAGGUCCAGUAAUCUUCAGUCCGAUGGCACCAACAACUCCGAGAAGUCCUCUCCUCCUGUGUCUCAGGGGAAAAGCUCAGAAAGCCUCAAUACUGUGAAACCCAGCAGUUCAUCCAAACCAUCGAAAGUUCUGCCGCUGACUCCUGAGCAAGCCCUGAAGCAAUACAAGCACCACCUCACUGCCUAUGAGAAGCUGGAGAUCGUCAGCUACCCAGAAAUCUACUUCGUGGGUCCAAAUGCCAAAAAGCGACAAGGAGUUAUUGGUGGUCCCAAUAACGGAGGGUACGACGACGCAGACGGAGCCUAUAUUCAUGUACCCCGAGACCACCUAGCUUACCGCUACGAGGUGCUGAAAAUUAUCGGUAAGGGGAGUUUUGGACAGGUGGCCCGAGUCUACGAUCACAAGCUUCGCCAGUACGUGGCCCUGAAAAUGGUCCGCAACGAGAAGCGCUUUCACCGCCAGGCAGCCGAGGAGAUCCGGAUCUUGGAGCAUCUUAAAAAGCAGGACAAAACUGGCAGCAUGAACGUCAUCCACAUGCUGGAGAGCUUCACCUUCCGGAACCAUGUGUGCAUGGCCUUUGAGCUGCUGAGCAUCGACCUGUAUGAGCUCAUUAAAAAAAACAAGUUUCAGGGUUUCAGCGUCCAGUUGGUUCGAAAGUUUGCCCAAUCCAUCCUGCAGUCCCUGGAUGCCCUCCACAAAAACAAGAUCAUUCACUGUGACCUGAAGCCGGAAAACAUUCUCCUGAAACAUCACGGGCGCAGCGCAACCAAGGUCAUUGACUUUGGGUCCAGCUGUUUCGAGUAUCAGAAGCUUUACACGUACAUCCAGUCACGCUUCUACAGAGCCCCAGAGAUCAUCCUGGGCUGCCGCUACAGCACGCCGAUCGACAUAUGGAGUUUCGGUUGCAUCCUUGCAGAACUUCUCACAGGACAGCCCCUGUUCCCUGGAGAGGACGAAGGAGACCAGCUGGCCUGUAUGAUGGAGUUGCUAGGGAUGCCACCACCAAAACUCCUGGAGCAAUCCAAACGUGCCAAGUACUUUAUUAACUCCAAGGGCUUUCCCCGAUACUGCUCUGUGACUACUCAGGCAGAUGGGAGGGUUGUGCUUCUUGGGGGUCGCUCACGCAGGGGUAAGAAGCGUGGCCCCCCAGGCAGCAAAGACUGGGCAACAGCACUAAAGGGCUGCGAUGACUACUUAUUCAUAGAGUUUCUGAAAAGAUGCCUUCAGUGGGACCCUGCUGCCCGCCUCACCCCAGCUCAAGCAUUGAGACACCCUUGGAUUAGCAAGUCUGCGCCCCGACCUCUCACCAUGGACAAGGUGUCAGGGAAACGGGUAGUUAAUCCUACAAACCCUUUCCAGGAACUGGGCUCCAAGCUGCCACCAGUCGUAGGGAUAGCCAGUAAGCUUAAAGCUAACCUAAUAUCAGAAACCAGUGGUAGUAUACCUCUGUGCAGUGUGCUGCCAAAGCUAAUUAGCUAAUGGACUGCUCAGAGAUGCAUAUGCAUGUAUUUUUGAUUACCUUAAAAACAUGCAAAUGGGAAAAAAAUGAAGCCCAUUCACCGAUGGAUAUGUUUUUGUUAGACUAAACUUUUUUUAACAAGGCAGAGCAUUUUUAUAAGACUAUAAAAGAACUCUUCAAGGGCUAAUUGUCUAACCGGCUUGUAUUGGCCAUCUGGAGUGUACAUUAAAUGACUUUUUAUAGGUCAAUGCAUCUUUGUCAUUCUCGUCAACCCAUGUAUUUCUCUCUCGGUU